AUGGGUGAUGAUGAAACAAUAAAAAUAGAAAAGAUCAAAGAAAAUAUUCCAAAUGUGGCUCCAGAUGCGAAUGUUCCGACUUCUCAUGGGUACUUCUAUGGUCAUGCAUGCCAUUUGAGUGCAGAUAAACUUUCGGCUUACGAGUUAAACUGUAAAGGAACUCGUAAAUGGCUGUUUAACAUAAUCACUGUUCAUGCUGGUGAUGUAAGGGCUAUCAAUAUGCACAGGUCUUACGCAGCAUUAUGUGCGGAGAAGUAUCGUCACUACCAGCAUUUUCGUUACACCAUACAUCCGUACAGCAAGCUAAGAUUCUAUUUGGAAUUUUUGUUCGUCUUCCUGAUGAUACUGUCUUCUAUUUUAGUAGCUUUACACUAUGCAGAAAAACGAGGGGACUAUUCUGAUUACCACGAAGUUUUGCUGCUAUUUAGUGAUAGCAUGAUUAUAGUGAAUAUAAUUGUUAACUUCUUCACCGGGUACAUAGAGGGAUAUUCCCGUAAGAUGUCCGUUUUGUCCAAAAAGAAGAUUGCAAGGAAAUAUAUUACGACCUGGCUGAUAUUAGACGUAGUUGCCUGUUUCGGGAUCCCUGCUAAUUAUUACAGUUCGCAGAAAACUUUUUAUUUGGUCUUGGAGGCUAUGAGAUUGGUACGAUUGCCCAUAAUAAUGAUCUAUUUGCAAAACGUUCUCACCGUUAUGAAUGCAUCGAAUUAUCAAAAAACUGGAGUGGAGAUCCUAUUUUCCCUGAUAAUGUUCUUAACAUGGAACAUUUACUUCCAAUUUUCUGUGGACUACAUCAUUGAGGGAACUCACCUACCGCAAAAUCCUAGAAACUGCUCAUGGCUAACUGUGGGGAAUCUCUGGAACCAGACUACUAAAGUUCGAAUUCUUUAUGCUUUUGACAGAGCUGUUGGUAUGUUAACGACAAACACAAACAUGAAUCUUCUAGAACAGAAAGGUUGCUUCGAAAAUUUCAUUGUUACUUGCUGGAUUUUUUCUAAGAUUGUCAUAUACCAUUACACAUUGAAGUAUAUACUAGCACUAUUUGGUAAAGAGUCCGCCAGAGCACAUUAUUAUAUGAUGAAGAAACAACUACAAACUUACAUGGCGCACAGAAACUUUCCGCCAAGGUUGAAGAGUAAAAUCCUCAAGUUUUAUGCUAUAAGGUUUCAGUCUAAAUACUUUGAGGAAUCUCGUAUGCUCGGCUGUGUGUCUGGUCAACUACGAGAAGACAUACUCAUGCACACCGGCCGUCAGUUAGUGAGAGAACUGGAAUUUCUGAAGCAACUACCAAGUUCCUUACUGGUACAAAUUGCUUUUAAACUACGAGUUGUCAUAUACAUCGCUGGUGAUAUUAUAUUCAAGAUCAAUACCGUGGGCGAUUGCAUCUACUUCAUCGACAGAGGAACAGUAGCCAUUUAUUCAGACUCUGGAAAGGAGAUCUGCCAUUUAGAAGACGGUGAUUUCUUUGGAGAAAUAGCUUUGGUAAUGAAACACCAUUUUAGAACGGCAUCAGCCAUAGCAGUGACCAAUUGUGAGUUAUUUAGAUUAGAUAGGGAACAUUUUGAAACGACUAUAGCGUAUUAUCCGACUGUGUAUAAUAGUAUAAAGGAGGUUGCGACUAGUCGGUUUGAGAGAACCUGUGUGUUAGAUGAACAUCACAAAGCUGAACCGAGGACGGCUAAACAGGAUUAA